UUUGUAUUCUAGAAAUGUAGAAAUCAGCUACGUGAUUUAAAAAUAACGUGUUAUAGUUGAAACGUUUGUAAUCUACUAGUAGCUAAAAUAACGAUCUUACAUGUUAUUAUUAUACCAUCUGACAGUUAAACUCGGUCUUUCCCCUAUGGUCAUUCCCUAUGGUCUUUCCGUAGACUACUGUAUUUGUGUUUUAUGUUUAUUAAUUGGGACUUUAUAUUGCCUUAAAAGAUGUGGUAUGAAAUAUUACCUAGUUUUGGGAUAGUUGUAGCAGCAAUGGCGUUACCUCAUUUUUCGGCUUUUGUUAUUAAUAAGGCGAUUUGUGGAAAUAGCUACAGACGUAGACUAUUAGAAACGGAAGACAUGCUGCAGUAUUUAAGGGAUUGGACUUUAACUGGCAAUCCUUAUAAAAUAAAUGGUUUAGACGCAAUUCCUGAUGAGGAUAAUUAAAUAUGCUGCAUGUUAGUAAGUUAAAAUUAACAUUAUUAAUAUUACAAUUAUUCACUUUUAAAAACUGUAAAUAAAGUACUAGAAAACCA